UGGAGGACUGGCUGCCCUUCAUCUGUCUGCUCUAGGCGGAACUGAAGUUACAGUGAGUGGCCGCGGGAGCUCGACACGAUCUACGCGACUAUAAUCAUCCAUACCGGGAAAAAUACGCUCAUUUACCCAUUGGGGAGCCCGUCCAGCGAUCACUUUACCAGCCGUUACAGACCUAGACCCACUGCGACGUUUCCUACAGGCCUCUUACUCUCUGGAUCGGACUCAAUGUCGCUCCCGUACGGCAGCUUGAAACGACAAAUAGGCUCGACGCCUUCUGCAGUACAUCGACUUUAUUUCAAAUACGCAAUUUCAGCUUUUGUGGAGUAAUAAAAUCAAGAAAAAGAAGGGAAAUGUUGCAGAUGUCAUUAGCGCGUGAAGCUAACUUAAGCAUCAACUGAAGCGGGCUGACAUGAGCAGAACUGACCCAUAUUGAGAUAUCGCACGACCAUCUGGACCAGAACCGAACAGAUAUCAGCUAAAUCUAUUUGUAUAUACACAUUUAUUACCAAAUACGUGGUAGUAGCAGGUGUUUGGGUCGUUUUAAAAUGUCUGUUGAUGUCUAAAGUGUCGAAAAAGAAGAAAUGCGAGACAGCGGAUUGCAUGCAGUAAUGCGCGAAGUGUAACUGCUCAAACUCCUUACCGACAUGGAUAAAAUGCGUUUAUAAUCUAAUUAUAAAGACAUGUAAUAUAUAUAUAUAUAUAUAUAUAUAUAUGUUUUAUUCCUUUAAAAUCAUGUAUAAUCUUCAAACAUACAUGUGUACGUCUCAUUUCGUACGAUUUCCACCAAGUACAUGGGCUUGAACUUCAGUGAUACGGGAGGCUGCGGGGAAAAUCUACGGAAACUUUAGUGGAGCUCAUUUGGAGUUGAACCGAUCACGAAGCAUCGAAACCACCGUCAGGAUGAGAGUACUGGUCCUGAACCGAGCAUCACUUCUCUCACUUGGGCUCUGCUCAAUGCUUCUGCUCAGUGCUGUGGCUGCUGCUCAGAGCGAGGAGAGAGAGAGGGAGUGUGCCUCUAAUGACCAACAUCAGCAGGUGGAUGAACAGAGUGUGGCUGGUGAACCCAGAGAAAAUAACACCAUCCUGUGCAGCAAGAGCAGCCGCUGCUAUGGCCUGUGGGAGAAAACACACGACGGAGAGAUCCGCCUCGUCAAACAAGGCUGUUGGGCUUACAUUAGCGACCAGCAGGACUGCCAUGACGACCGUUGCGUGGUUACCACCACGCCGUCACAGAUCCAGAACGGCACCUACAGAUUCUGCUGCUGCAGCACCAACAUGUGCAACGUCAACUUCACGGAGAACUGGGUGCCGAGCCCCACCAGCACCACCACCCAAGAUCAACAUCCAUUACAGAGAGAUGAGGCCAUUUUCAUCGCCUUGGCAGCUGUCUCCAUAGUGGCAGUCCUGAUUGUGGCACUAUUCUUUGGCUAUCGCAUGAUGAUAGGUGAGUGUAAACAGGGUCUUCACAAUUUGGAUAUGAUCGAGGCAGCACCAUCAGAACCCUCUUUGGAUUUAGACAGUUUAAAGCUUUUAGAGCUGAUUGGUCGAGGGCGGUACGGUUCUGUCUAUAAGGGCUCGCUAGACGAACGUCCGGUUGCUGUAAAAGUGUUUACAUACGCCAACCGUCAGAACUUUGUUAAUGAGCGCUCCAUCUACCGAAUCCCUCUUCUGGAGCAUGAUAACAUUGCUCGCUUCAUUGUCGGCGAUGAACGCCUCACAGCAGAUGGGCGCAUGGAAUACCUGCUGGUCAUGGAGUACUACCCUCAUGGUUCUUUGUGUCGAUAUCUGAGUCUGCAUACCUUGGACUGGGUGAGCUGCUGUCGUCUGGCGCAUUCGCUUACGAGAGGACUGGCCUACCUGCACACUGAGCUCCUGAGAGGAGAUGUAUAUAAACCUGCCGUGUCACACCGGGAUCUGAACAGUCGUAAUGUUCUGGUGAAGAACGAUGGGAUGUGUGUGAUUAGUGAUUUUGGCCUGUCCAUGAAGUUGACUGGAAAUCGUCUCAUACGACCGGGUGAAGAGGACAAUGCUGCAAUCAGUGAGGUGGGAACCAUACGUUACAUGGCCCCGGAAGUGUUAGAGGGAGCGGUGAACCUCAGGGACUGCGAGUCGGCUUUGAAACAGGUGGAUAUGUACGCAAUCGGACUCAUCUACUGGGAGACCUUCAUGAGAUGCCCUGACCUCUUUCCAGGAGAAACCGUGCCAGAAUACCAGAUGGCUUUCCAAGCUGAGGCUGGGAAUCACCCCUCCUUUGAGGACAUGCAGGUGCUGGUGUCCAGAGAGAAACAGAGACCAAAGUUUCCUGAGGCCUGGAAGGAGAACAGCCUGGCAGUACGUUCUCUGAAGGAGACGAUGGAGGACUGCUGGGAUCAGGACGCAGAGGCACGCCUGACAGCGCAGUGUGCAGAGGAGCGUAUGGCAGAACUGCUGCUGAUCUGGGAAAGGAACAAACCUGUCAGCCCCACCAUCAAUCCCAUGAGCACCGCGCUGCAGAACGAGAGGAACCUCACCCACAGUCGCAGAGCUCCCAAAAUGGGUUCAUAUCCAGAUUAUUCUUCAUCCUCGUACAUCGAGGAUCAUGAGGGCAUGGUGAAGAACCUUCAAGGUGACGUCUCGACAUCUGGCACCUCCUCCUUGGGUUGCAUGGGCGUGAGUGGGAUCAGCAGUGGUGUGCUGGUCCCAGGAGAGAAGAACAGAAACUCUAUAAACUAUGAGAGGCAGCAGGCCCAAGCCCAAGGACGGCUGCCCAGCCCUGAAACCAGCGGUGCAAGUCUGUCCACCACGACCACCACAACAGGCCUUACGCCCAGCACAAUCAUGACCACCAUCUCUGAAUCUGGCCAUUUGGAGGACACAGGAUCUGGAGGAAGUAUGCCAGUGUGCCUUCAGCUCACAGAGGAAGACCUGGAGACCACCAAACUGGACCCUAAGGAGGUGGACAAAAACCUGAAAGAAAGCUCUGAUGAGAACCUGAUGGAGCAUUCGCAGAAGCAGUUCAGCGCUCCUGAUCCACUAAGUUCGGGAAGUUCCAGCCUCUUGUACCCGUUGAUCAAACUCGCCACAGAGGUGACGGGAGGAUCCGGGGCCGGUGGACAAGCAGAUUUCGGGAUGGGCAUCAAUGGAAUGGGUGAUGCUCCCACUGCCAUGUACCCUCUGCCCAAGCAGCAGAAUCUGCCUAAGCGGCCCACCAGCCUGCCUCUCAAUACCAAAAACCCUGGCAGGGAGUCUACAUCAACACGGUUAAAGUUCGGCAAGCACAAAUCUAAUCUGAAGCAGGUGGAGACGGGCGUGGCGAAGAUGAACACCGUCAUGGCUGUGGAGCCGCACUUGGUCACCGUGACCAACAACGGACCCAGCGUUCGUAGUGGUGUGGGGGUGGUUGUUGUUAAUGGAUAUGGAGGGGGCAAUGGCGCAGGCUCCUCUGAGGCAUUCGGGAACACAAACCCGACUGGGCCACAGGGUGAGGGAGUUGCACCUCUACUCCAGAGUCAGCUGAGUGGAGAAGACAGCCGUCUCAACAUUAAUAUUAACUCCAGCCCCGAUGAACAUGAGCCUUUGCUGAGGAGAGAGCAGCUGGCGGCGCGAGACCAUUCCGGCCGCACCAACUCUAAUAACAACAACAGUAACAUCUAUUCAACUGCCUCUGCCACAGUGAGCAGUGUUUGUGUGUUACCCCCUGCAGAGGGGCAGAUGGAGACAUUAGCCUGCCCACCUGGAGCAGCAGAGGGAAGGGAUGGGGUUCCACUGAGACAGAAUAAACCCCCGAGACCUGAUCGGCCGAACUCACUGGAUCUGUCAACCAGCUCCCAGGAAUCUUCUCUUUUGAAUGAGACCGUGUCACAAGUGGGUAAAGCCGGAUCGGCCGAAAAAAUCAAAAAGCGUGUCAAGACACCUUAUUCAUUGAAAAGGUGGCGUCCUUCCACGUGGGUCAUCUCCACGGAAACACUGGAUGGAGAGGUAAACAACAACGGGCACAGUCAGCAGACAGCAGUCGGAGGAAAUCACACAAGUUCAGGCCAAUCAAAAUCCAGCAUUGCUGUGUUCCUGGUCAGUGGAGGAACGGCGACCUCCACUCGAACCUCUGACCUGCCAGAUAUGACCUGCCUGUGAACUCUCAUCUGUAGUUGAGGAUGAGCCCGGACUUGUGAAACUAAAGGGGUUUAUCUGUGAUUUUGUGCUCCUGACCCAGCUAAUGAUGGAAAGAAAUACGCAAAAUGUUUUUGGAAAGCGGACUGUUGAAGGGACUUCAUUUUGGCAAUCACUUAACAAUGUGAUAUUGUCAAAUUUCUCCAAGUUGUUUUGAAGAAAUCGCUUUAAACUGAACCCAGCUAUGCAGCAACCUUUGCAUAAAAUGCUUCCAUUGUUUUUGUGUUUCUUCUUUAAUCAAGUAUGAUUGUUUUUAUGGUUGUUUGAUACUUUCUUUCAUUUGUUGCACUUUUUGUAUGUAAUCAUAAUCACAGUUCCUCCGACCAUGUUUAAAGGCUGGUCUCAAAACUGAAAAGUUACAAUGUGAUGAUUUAACAAUCAUAGCGGACAAAAUCGAAAUCAAGUCCUUUUAAAAAAAUCUGUAAAAAAUGCAGUGGUCUCUAAGACAGGGUUGACUGCAUCUUUAAUAUCUUUUAACCCACAGUACAUUCAUACAUUUUGUAUUUGUUGUACGUAUCUGUGUAACGAUUUUUUUGUAUCAUAUUUUAAAAUGUGCAAUAGACUUUAGCUUUGAGGUGCUCCAUAAGACAAUUUGCAAUGUAUUUUUGCUGUAUUUGUUUGCUUCAGUUGGAUAAUUCAAGCUAAGCAGCAAUCCUGUGUCCAAGCCCGACUGCAUUUGAGAAACGUUGUACAAAUGAAAAUCCUUUUCGACAAACCCAUCAGUCUUGAAAAGGUGAGACCGUUAAAAAAAGUAUUCGUGAUAAUUGACCACUUCUCACAAACUUAAAGGACAGUGGCUUUUACUGUAACACUACACGUCAUGCAACAAUCUGGACUAUUUGCUGGAAAUUAUGUUUGCUGAAGACACUGAAUCCCCUCUCUGCACGUGCUCUGUGUAGUUACCUCUGUGAUUUAGGGAGAGUGUAUCUGAACGUUUAUGUAUAGGUCUGUGUCUAAUGUAUGAAGAGACUUCUGCAUAAUGGAGCUUCUCAGACCGCUGUUGUGUCGGCAAGAAAAGCUAAUGUGGCGUGAGACAAGUGAGAUUCCCAUUGCUGUCAGGAGACUGAACAUUGCUCUGUUUUUCAAUUAUCAAUAGUAAUUGAGAAAACACAUGAAUACACACUAUAUUAUGUAUGUACAGACUACAGCUUCUUUAGUUUGGUUUUAAACUUUUAAAGAUAAGCUCAGACAUAAUAGUGUACUAUAAGAAAUCACAAUAGCUGUUUCUACCAUUAUUAUUUCAUCAUUUUAUUUGUUUGUAAACCUUUAAUUUAUGUAGUGCCCAGGGCCAAUCUUAAACCUGAUCGUGAAGUUUUAUUAUGCUAAUGACCUCAAAACCGUAAAAUGUUUAUAAUCAUGUAAAAUUAUCAGAUUUGAAUGAUACUUUCAUUGAAUACCCUUUUUUGUGACAUCUUAGAGGCUGUUUGGCUCAUGGGGUUUUACCCUUCUUUUGAAAAUUUGGAUACACAUCAAAAACAACUGUUCCAAGUUAUUUGAACAACCAAAAAUACAGGCCAUUUUAAAUUACGCAUCAUCAUUUUUAAAUCAUCUAGGCUGUAAAUGGAUUUUGCAGUCGGAGAUUAGUUGAUGUUUGUGCCAGCCUCAUAUUUUACCCCACAAUUGCUACCUUUAAGGCCUGUAUGCAUGUUAAUCGUGUGUGGUGGAAAACUAUGGAGACGAGCCAUUCUAAUAAUUACAUAAUGACAAAGAAAAUUCCCUCAUAUGGCAUAUCCCUGGAAAAUAUAAGAAACAUCAAAGAUAGCACGCGUGUUGAAUUAAAGAAUGCUUAGCUUGCAUAUGCUGUGCUGUAUUUGCGUGAGUUUUCAAUAAUGUGACUGGGGAUUAACCGUAAUUUGGAACAAGCCAGCAUUAUCUUUGGACUUCGAACACUUCACAAAGGGGAACUUUCUGAAGUCAUCUGUUUUUUCCAUGGUCUAACUGACUUUUUGUCAGCAAAAAAGGGUGUAGUGUAGUUCAGUGGUUCAACGCUACAUUGUGACUUUUGUAUAUGUAUGUAAUAUAGGUUAACCUCUGUGGUGUAAAUAUACAGUGUCUGUAGUGCACAUACAUGCACAUGAACAGACUUUUCAUCUGUUGCUUUGGGACCAAGAACAACACUUAAUCACUUUGACAUUUAUCUAUAGAUAAACAUAGUAACGUCAGACUGUUCUCAGCUAUAGUUCAAUUUUCAUGCUGUUCAUAAACACUACAUAGAUAAUAAGAAAAUAAAUUGAUAUAAAGUUCAUCUCCAAUGCAAAUUUUAAUGGAAAUAUUUGAUCGGAAAGCAAGGAUUGAGACCAGUGAUAAAGCUGGAUUCUGUCUGGAGGACAAAAUUAAGUGUAAUUUGCUACUACACAAGAGACCUUGUCCAGUUUUAUGGCACACUGUUGACUAUUGAGACCAUUUACCAUACUGCGCUACAAAUGUGUGCAGAUAUAACCCCCACGUCUUGAAUUGUUUAGUUUUUUUGUCUUGAUGCCUCGACAAGUUUGUCUUUUUAAAAUGAGUCAAGUUGCAGGAGAAAACCCAAACAUUCAACAAUGCAUAAAGCAUUAAAAAUUACUGUCCCUUCAAAACACAAUAUGAAGUAACAGUUGUUUUUUAAGGUGUGUGUGAAAGAAUGAAUCAUGGGUAUGUGUAUGUGCUGCUGUUGUUUGACUUACGAGUUCACAUUCUAGCUGACAGUUCAUUUAGCCCUGCAAAGAUGGUUGUUUAAAAAAAGCCACUGACAUGUGUUUUUAUUACAGCUUGUAAAAUAAGCACUUUGAGAACAAGAACAAAUUAUAACUUGUGCUUUUAGUCUAUACAGACAAUGUUUUAAGAAACCAUUAAGAAAAUAAAGCUUGCUGUACAACCCUGGAUUACUCAGUUGAUUAAAGAUUAUAUUAAUGAAAA